CGACCCGAUUCCGACACGACGACCGACCUGACGCAUCUCUCCCCACCCAACCAUGGGUAACUGCGUCUCCUCCCAAGACGAGAUCGCCGCGAAGCAGCGCUCCGCCGAUAUCGACAAACAAAUAGAGGAGGACUCGAGGAAGUUUAGGAAAGAAUGCAAGAUUCUUCUGCUAGGCUCUGGCGAGUCCGGAAAGACGACAAUUGUGAAGCAAAUGAAGAUAAUACAUAAAGAGGGGUUUGACAGGGACGAACUCAUCGCGUUCAAGCCCAUCAUCUACCGGAAUCUAGUUGACUCAGCGCAGGCGAUAGUUUUUGAGAUGCGAAAACUCGGCGUUGACUGCGUCCUCCCUCAUAAUCGACCAAACGCAGACAAGAUAGCCGAUUUUCCCGUAGCGUCUCUUCCUGUUCCGUCGAGCGCAAUGCCCGCUCCGAAUCCUGCUGCGGCUUCGUACGUCCUGCCUGAAGGUUUGGCUGAAGCGAUCCACCAACUGUGGCAGGAUCCCAUCAUAGCCAAGAUCAUGGAUCGUGGAUCCGAGUUCUACCUCAUGGACUCGGCAAGCUACUUCUUCAACGAGGCGUUACGAAUAGGCAAUCCUCAAUACAUACCUGUCGUUGCCGACGUCUUACGUGCACGAGCAAAGAGCACGGGCAUCAGUGAAACGCGGUUCAACAUGGGCCAGCUAUCAAUACACAUGUUUGACGUCGGCGGUCAACGAUCAGAGCGGAAAAAAUGGAUCCACUGCUUUGAAAGCGUAACAAGUAUCAUCUUCUGCACUGCUUUGAGCGAGUACGACCAAGGUCUAUUAGAGGCCAACAACCAGAACCGGAUGGUCGAGUCGUUGGUUCUCUUCGACUCCGUCAUCAACUCGCGAUGGUUUCUUCGUACAUCGAUCGUCUUGUUUCUGAAUAAGAUAGACGUCUUCCGGCAAAAAAUCACCAAGGUGCCACUGGAGCGAUACUUUCCCGAAUACACGGGCGGUCCUGACAUCAACAAGGCCGCGAAGUACAUCCUUUGGCGAUUUAUGCAGACCAACCGUGCGCGGCUCAGCGUCUACCCGCACCUCACGCAGGCGACCGAUACCAGCAACAUCCGUCUGGUCUUCGCGGCCGUGAAGGAGACAAUAUUACAGAACGCAUUGAAGGAUUCAGGCAUCUUGUAGUUGUCCCGCUGUCGUCCUUAGAUGUUCGGGUUGUACCAUCCGUAUUACUAUCAUUCUCCGCCGCGCUAUCCCACGUCCAGCUCCCCUUCAUCUCUCCUCCCCAUCCUCAUCGUAUCAGAAUAAUCUACGCCUGAGGCGCCGUGGCUGGCUGUCGCGCCCUCCCUAGUUCGUCGCUCAUCUUCCUUUUUAUAUUGGAUUAUCUCAUUGUUGUGCAUAACCCACGCAUGCCCGUCUGCUCCAUUGGACCUUACAUCUUCUACGUGCGGUGGCGGCAUGGGGAGGCUCUCUUGCAUUUGGCCGCCGCGAUUUCCUCAUGCUUUUCUCGUUCCGUACUUGUCCCUACUGCCGC